CUCGCGCCGCUUCGCCCUUCAAGGAAUGGCCAAUGGGCUCGCAGGGCCCGCCCCUGACGACGCGGGCCCCGCCCCCUGGAGACAGGCCGCCAUGGAGCCGGGAACCCGUGGCUAGCGGGCGGCUGGUCGAGGGCAGGACCGGGCCGGGGGCCGGGGGCCGGGGGCGGGUUCCGGGAGGCCCUCCACCAUGAAGCUGACUCGGAAGAUGGUCCUGUCCCGGGCCAAGGCCUCGGAGCUGCACAGCGUGCGGAAGCUCAACUGCUGCUUUAACAGAAUUAAAGUAUGUCUUCUCUCUCCAUAGGGGCAGCCGCCUCACAGAUGUCUCCAUCUGCCGGGAAAUGCCCAGCCUGGAAGUGAUCACCCUCAGCGUCAACAGCGUGUCCACCCUGGAGCCCGUGAGCCGCUGCCAGCAGCUGAGUGAGCUGUACCUGCGGAGGAACCGCAUCCCCAGCCUGGCGGAGCUCUACUACCUAAAGGGCCUGCCGCGGCUGCGCGUGCUGUGGCUGGCAGAGAACCCGUGCUGCGGGCCCGACCCACACCUCUACCGCAUGACCGUCCUGCGUAACCUGCCACACCUGCAGAAGCUGGACAACCAGACGGUGACCGAGGAGGAGCUGUCCCGAGCAUUGCUGGAGGGAGAGGAGGUCACGGCCCCCGGCGGAGAGGGAGCAGGGAACGGCCGGCCCGAGCUGUCCUACGGCCUGAGCGCCCUGAACACCGCCGCCGAGAUCCAGCGGGACGCGCUCAGCUGUGGCGAGGAGGAGGCCAGCGUCCAGGGCCAGCUCAGCCCGAAGCCCCCUUCCCGGGACCCGUUCCCCUCCUUCUCACAGAGGGAAGCCGUGAGCGGUCGCAGGAACAGGAACAAUGUCCUGACCGCCAUCCUGCUGCUGCUGCGGGAGCUGGACGCCGAGGGGCUGGAGGCCGUGCACCAGACCGUGGUCAGCCGGCUCCAGGCUCUGCACAAGCAGGAGCCGCAAGAGGACGUGGAAUGACGGUCAGCCGGGACCCGAGCCGCCGGGCCUUCCUCCCAGGACCCUGUGCCCCAGCAUCUGGGAGGUGUGGGGUCCACAGCCACGGCCUCCACUGCAUCCUGAGUGCCCGCACGCGGGCUGUGUCCCCAGAAGCUCAGCGCCGCCUGGGAAGGCCACGCCCCAGGUGUAGAAGGCGGGAAGGGCGCCGGGCAC